CAAGUUUGAAUAAUAAAUAUAAUUCCACUCCGCCAUAUCUCUUAACUAAGUUGGGAGACUAACCAAACAAAGAAGAGAAAAUUAUCUGCCAUGGCCUCUUCUUGUAUUGUGAAAAUCCUUGAGACUACUGAAAUCAAACCAUCCCCUGAAUUCCCCAACUUUGCCUCUGAAUCCACUUUGCCGCUCACUUUGUUCGACACUUUCUGGUUCCAGAUCCCACCGGUUGAGCGGCUCUUCUUUUACCACCUUAACGACUUAACUCCUGCAGAUUUCAGCUCCGAAAUCCUCCCCAAACUCAAGCACUCUCUUUCUCUAACGCUCCAUCAUUACCUCCCCAUCGCUGGAAGCCUCAAGUGGCCGUCACAUGCCCCCAAACCCUUCAUUUCCUACACUCCAAACAAUGGAGUUUCACUCACGGUUGCCGAGUCUAAUGCAGACUUCCACCGUCUCACCGGCAAUGGAAUCUAUGAAGCUGUUGAGUUACAUCCUUUGAUACCCCACCUGAAAUCCUCAGAUGAUUCAGCAUCAAUUCUAGCUCUUCAAAUAACCCUUUUUCCUGGUAAAGGGUUUUCUAUUGGAAUCACAGCUCACCAUACGGUUCUUGAUGGUAAAACUACAACCAUGUUCAUGAAAUCCUGGGCGUACCUUUGCAAGCAAAGGAACAUACAGAACUCUCAUCAGUUGCCACCAGAACUAACCCCAGUUUUCGAUAGGGACGUUAUCAGAGAUCCCACAGGGUUUGACCUUGAUAUGCUGUAUUUGAAUCAGUGGCUAACAUAUACUAUUAGUAAUAAAAGCUUGAAGGUUUCAACAGACAAAGGAGCAGCUCCUAAUCUAGUUCGAGCCACAGUUACGAUUACUCCGGAAGAUUUCAAGAAAAUGAGGGAAAAGGUAUUCUCUAAAUCACCUGAUACCUCAAAAACACUUCAUUUAUCAACUUUUGCGCUUACGCUUGGUUAUGUAAGUAGUUGCCUAGUCAAAGCAAGAGGUGGAGCAGGUGAUAGAAGCGUGUGUCUUGCAUUUACAGCUGAUUGCAGGUCCCGUUUGGACCCACCUAUCUCAGAAACCUAUUUUGGAAACUGUAAUGUUGUUCUAUCAGAUAUAUCAAAGGCUAGAGGCUACAUGGACUUUGAACAUGGGUUUGCAUUUGGUGCAGAAAAAGUAAGCAAUAUGGUGAAGGGAUUAAAAGAGAAAGGGGUUUUCGAAGGAGCAAAAGAUAUGCUGAGACCCUUUUUCGAAAUGGCUAAAGAGGCAGCAGGAAGUGUACAAGCAAUAACAGUUGCUGGAUCGCCACGAUUUGAUCUUUAUGAAACCGAUUUUGGAUGGGGAAGGGCGUGGAAAGUGGUGGUUGUUUCCAUCGAUAAGAAUGAAGCUAUUUCCAUGGCAGAAAGCAGAGAUGAGAAGAGGGGAAUAGAGGUUGGGUUGGCCUUGAAGAAGCCUGAAAUGGAGAGGCUUCUCAACGUGUUUCUCAAAGACGUUGUUUAACAAGAUAAUCAAGGUGGGAGAAAUAAACUAGAGCCUUUUCUCUGUUUCUCAAAAGUGUUGGUCAUGGACUAGCCAUGGCACAGGGUCAGGUCAAUCCAUUAUUUCUUCACGUUGAUCUGGUGGAUAUCUCUUGUGGUAGUUCUGGCGGCUCAACUACAAACCUCUUCAUCCUUCCAACAACAAAAAAACAAAGCACAAGUCUCUUCAUUCCAUUCCACAUUUAUGUUCCUCAACCUCUUCUAAUUAAUCGAGUUCUGCCUGUCUACGAAUUAUGACAGUCCAUAUAAAUACAUUUUUCAAGUCAUUUAUGUUAUAUAAUAUAUUUAAGUUUUGAAUUAAUAAUUAAUAAAAUUGAUUUCUUUACUGUUA